UCCUGUUCCGGUACCCAGGUGAAAAUGGCCGAUGCGAACGAAACCAAAAACAAAAACAGCUUUGUAUGAAGGAUUUACUGAGUUCGUCUAUACUUUGAAAUUGUAAUUUAGUGCCUCUAUUUGUCGUGAAACAGAAUUUUCAAGAAAGCAGGGGCAUUGAUUUUCACUUGAAUCGACCACGGUCACUUCGCUUUCUCCUGUUGGGAGGUCACAGAUAGUGGGAAGGGUCGCGAUGUAAAAACUUUGGAAUGAUGAGGCCGGCGUACCACCAAGUCUGGCUUAUACUUGUGGUCAUUUUGUCAGUGAUAUCAGCUCAAACUGAGGAGGAUGAUCACACGGCUACAGCUUGUGUGGGGCGCUGUGAUUUUGGCUACAGAAUGGACUGUCCCCGAGGAAAGAGAGUGGCUCCCCGGGAUCUAACCUACCACGCAAAAGAGACCUCGGCACAGUGUCCAGCCAUCAAACAGAACCCAGAUGUGAUGUGUCAGAGUAGCGAGGAAUGUUGUCGCUACAACGGAGGCGACUGUAGUCAACCGUUCUCCUACAGCAAGGCUUUCGAUGUGUUUAACAAUUGCUCUGGGUACCAGAACUGUGGGUGGUUCAGGGCAGAGUCAGUAGACCUUGGAAACCGCUGCAGUCACCGAGACAAGACCAACUAUGUGUCAGCUACCUACAGCUGUAUCAAAGAGGAAACCUUUAUAGAUAUAUGUUCAGAGGCUUCAAGGCAAGGCAAAUCGGUGUCCCUUUUGUACAAUGGCUCUCGCUACGGAGGUGCCAUAGGGGACCCCCGGGUCUGUUCCUGUGCCAUCACCACAUCAGACUGUGACUCUCCAGCCAGACUCAAGUUUCGUGCCGUUGAUCUGAGACUCCAUUCUUACAAUGACAUCACUUCCUGUAAGCCCCACAGUCGUGUAUCGCUCCAAGACACAGCGACGUCACAGUCGUUACGGUGCCAGUCCAAUUAUUUCCAGAAAGGUUUCCGAGAUGUGUUUUACAGCUCCUCGCCUUAUGCCAGAAUGUCCUUGUACAACCAGCCUGGGGUGUACCCCACUCAGGUGUGGCUGGAGGUGACAGCCACAGUACCUAAUAUAGAUGUGAUUGUGACAUGUGGAAGCAGUCAACCAGAAAAUCAGUUGUUUUGUGGGCCUCCAUUGCCUCUCACCUCCCCAGCAUACGAGCACAAAACCUCAACCAAAUCAUCAGGAGACAUAUUUGGUCCGUCUGGUGAUGGAGGGGAGAAACCGUCACCUGGUAAAGAUAAUGAGCCUCGCGAGACAGACGACACCGUCCUCAGUAAAAAAGGUUUUGAAUGGCCUGACCUCGGGCUGAUUGUGGGCGCUGUGGCUGGUCUCCUGGUAGUCAUCCUCAUCAUUGUGAUCAUCAUCAUUUGUAUCAAGCACAGGAGAGGGAAGCUGCGGAAGAAGCCCCCCAUGCUGCCCCACCCUGUCCCUCUUUCCACCCCCAGCUCUGUCAUCCCUUCCUCAUUCCCUUCCUCAGCCACAGAGGAACGCUACACAGAGGAGCAGUAUGGAGAUGACAAAUACGGGAACUAUUAUGAGAGCGUGGCUCAACCUAAUGGCAGUAUGGACAACAAAUCUCCUUUCACUCCAGGGAAAGCGAUGGGGUCAUUUUUUCCUAGUGACCGCCCUAAGAUACCACCCCCUGCUCCUCCAAGUAUUCCAGCCACCCCACCAGUCAGAAAAUUUUCAGAGACCAAACUGGACGCUAAUCCAUACCAUGCCCCUUGGGAUGCCUCCGUGUUCCAGGCUCCAAACAACAGAGCCAAGAAGAAUGACCUGGCUUAUGCUACCAGUGAUGAGAUCCAGGUGUUGAUUCAGAGGAUGGAGAAUGAAAGAGGGCGUGUUUCAGAGGGACUCAACAUACCAAAGCCCAUCCCUCAGAAAGGUUACAUUUAUAUUGAUGAUUAUCAGAAAAAAGAUGGAAGUUCAAAGGCUGCCGAGUUAUAUGUGUAUCAGGAUGACUCUGAGGACUCUGAGUCUGAAAGUGACAAUAGGCGGGUGAACGGAGUGAAUGGAGAGCAGUCGGAUGAAGCCUCGACCCGCCCCUCACAGGGAGAGCAGGGGACAAGUGAAGGCACUCCCAGGUCUAAUGACAAUUUCUGUGGUAGUGAGGACACUGGGUAUCGCUCUGUGGGCAGCCCUGAGCAUGUGCUUGUGUCAGAGGACGAUUACCUUGUACCUGGAUCAGUCAAGUCCACCUCCAGCAAGGGAACCUCCUCCUCCACAGUGAAAGUCAGCGAGCGGGGGAGUGUCAUUUAUAACUCAUCUUAUGGAGAUCCUUGUGAUGCUAGACGAAGUGAGACGGGGAGUAAUUCAUAUGGGGAGCCAUAUGAUGCGGUGCAAGAAAAGGAAACUGUGGAUGUGAAAACGAAAUUCUGAGAACUUGUUGGAAGCACUGUGAAGCACAAUGUGAAAAAAGUCUGCAAAUGUCCAGCACUUGCCCCAAAUUUUGCAGGAUUUUUAAAGGACAUUUUUACAAAUUUUAAUGUUUAUCUAUCUAACAGGAAUUAAUGGACCUUUAAAUCACAUGUGCAUUACUAUAAGUUAUAAUAGGAUUCAAUUUUAUAGAACUUUUCUGUUUGUUGCAAAUGUAAGUGAAAGGACCAAACUGGAGACCAUACAUAGCAGUUGUUUGUACUGUGGUUUUACUUGCUGACAAUACUUAAACCUGUGAGUUGCCAGAACCUCUGGAGUGUCCCUGCCUUGUCUCAAUGUUGUGAUCUGUUGUUGUUAGUCCCUUUGUAUUGGCGGUGCCAUAUAAGUCUCUGGUGCUGGUCAGGGCACCUGCUGCCUUAGCACCACUCUGUGGUGCUGUCAAGUAUUUCAUACACAUUUUGUAAGCUAGGUGGAGGGCCUUGUUGAAGGACAGACAUUUAACUAGUCACAUCUAAAUAACAUUAAGACCUGACUGAAAGUGAAAGUAAAGCAAAAAUGGACUUUCUCCAACUUUUGUAUCUAACAUUCCUCCAGUCUUGUCGUAUGCUCAAGUGAGUUGAAGGGAGACCCUAGCAUGGUUACUCAUUGCCAACAGGUCACAUGGGUUUUGUAGCCAGAGUUAAAAAAGAUAGUUAUAGAUAAGAAUGAGCUUUCCUCCUAACCAAAGAGAAUGUGGAAUAAUGAGCAUUGGGCUUUCAUUGACAGUACCUUUUCUAAGAAAGCUGUGUGGUAAUAGUGUAGUCUGUACUGGUGUCUUUGUGUUCAUUUCUUUAUCUUCACAUGAUAUUUAUUGGAUGUAUCAUGAUAUUUUUUGUGAACUUAAAAUUAUCAUACUGAUAACACUGGGAAACUGUAGAUUAUCCAAGUAGUUACUAUAUUUUUUGAAUUAUACAUGAAUUUAUCAUAGUGAGCUUGAUUUACUUGUUCAUGUAAUAGAAUUUUUUUCAAUAUAUAAUGUCAAUGAAUAUCUUUUUUUUCGGGUUGUGAGAUUACAAAUUCAAUUUGAUAAUUGAAGAUGUGAGUAUUUAAGACACAAUAUAUCUGUGUAAUUUCCCUCUGACCUGUUUUGUGUCUGUUACUUUCUUUAUGAAAGGAAGUUCUCCUGGUGUCUUUGUCUGUUUUUAAUUCAUUUUGUUCAUUCUGUCCAGAAGUAGAGGUUGUGGUGCCAGGAUGUAGUCUGUGAUUUUACGUGUUACAUUAAGUGUUUGAUCCUUAAAAAAGAAGGGUACUGACACCUUGAAUAUAUGAAUGUUUAGCUACAUAUAUAAUUUAGGGGUUUCCCUUGCCAUAUUGGCUACAUUUAUUUUAAUUUUUUUUCUUGCUGAACAGGUUGUGAAUUUAAAAUUUGCAUUAAAUCAGCAAAGUUAAGAAUAAGGUUGUCAUUUUUCAUACCUCAUCAAAUUUUCUUUUUACCUAGUUUUUUCUUUCAUAUGUUCAUUGACUUUUGUUUUAUUUAUUCUCCUUUACACUAUUUAACAUUCCAGUGUGAGUAUACAAUAUCUCUGUACAUGUUGACAGCAGUUACUCCCCCUUUUUUCAUAAUUACAGUAUACAUGUAUUACUCAGUUUGAUUUUAUUGUGUAAAUCAUUGUAAUAAAAAUCUCUUUAUCUGCUAGUGGGUAUGGCCAUACCAACCUUCUUCUGAUAAUUUAUUCGUUGCUCAAGGUUAAAGCAGAAAAAGAAACCAGUUUAAUAGCAUGGAUCAAUAUGUUGAAGAAACUUGAUGUUUCAGUCAAUCUGUGAAUCUGUAUGAAUUGUCUCAAAAUCAUUCAAUCACAUCAUGUAUUCACUUCCGGAAAAAAAUGAUUCAGUUGUCCAUCACAACAGUUCAUACUUCGAAAUUGUCAUUAAGUUUUAUGGUUUCAACCUGACUUAAAUUAUAUUCUUAUAUACCUUAAUGUUACAAGCAUUAAAGCCCUUUUCAAAUCAAAUAAUUAUAUUGAGACUGUUGUUAUCUAUAUAUGCUCUGUACAAGUAUAUUGAAAGUUUAAGCAUUGUUAUCUGUAUUUUUCUUUGUAAUUUGUAUAUAUUGGGAAUCUAUAUAACAUUGAAUGUUAUAUCUUAAACCGUGUAAUUUUCUUUGGUUGUAAGAAUUUAUCGUUGUGAAUAAUCCAUGAUUAUAGAAAGGCAUGUAUUGUAUUGUCACUCUUGAUAAUCGGAGUCAGCCUGGUGCUUGACGGGCAGUGUUUUUCUUGAUUUCUGUUGUGAAUGUCAGUUCAAUGUUGCCAAACUAUCAGUAUUUAUUUUUGUCAUGUAGCCCAGACCCUUUUAUCCUGUUCAUUCCAGACAAUUGCAAAAUUUAACAUUCCAUAAACUUGUCAAUAUUUGGAAACAACAGUUGUCAGUUGAUGCAUAUUCAUCUUUUUCUUAUGAAUGUUCAUCAGAGGUUUCACGGAGACCACUGUCCAUUAUUUUCACAUAAUUGUAACAGUAGAGAACAUCCUAAUAGCUGUAUUAAUAUCAUUAGUACUUGUACAAAUCAGUUUAUGUGCAUGAUAAUUCUAGGUACCAUACCAACAUUUAAAAGAUAAAGCCUGCAUUCUUGAUAAAAGCAAGAGGAUUUGUACAUCCAAUCUCAGAUUGUUCAUUAACUUUUGCUAUCAAUAAACCAAGCUGUAAAGCCUAAACCCAA